UCCCCACCGCGGUAUCUACGACCAGUCUCAAGCAACAGUUAAUACGUGGUGGUUGUGUUUAUGCGGUCCUCUUCAACCGUGCAUGCGAUUGUCCUUACGAAACGCAACGAGAAUCUCAUCAUCGAGUCAAAGCAAUCUAUCGAUCGCGUUAUCAUUAUGUGCUACGUAUCUCAGUUUACGUGUACCUGUCUCCCUGUCUAUCUUUAAAACCCUUGGCACACAGCGUUACCCUCGUCUACGGAGAUUCUACGCUAUGGUAGACGAUCACGUAAAUUCAAAUGCACGUCUUUUCGAUAAAAACAUUCGCGACGUUUGAACAACAGAAAAAGAAGAAAAAAUCAUCCCGUUAACGCGAAAUCGUCGAUCAUUGGCCCGUAAUCGAUACGAAUACAUGAUACGUACGCGAUAGUCCGUGUAUCUGUAUACGAACACGCGAAAUACCAGUCUUGUGUCAGUCGAUGAGGUUAGGCUGGCGUAUUUACGCAACGAAAAUUCGUGUCGUCGGCGUACGGGCACACGAUGCGGCUCUGACAGAUCGUUCUAUCGUCCUUGUUAUAUCGUUGGUUACACGUCUCAGGGCAGAACGUUGUGUGCAGUGCUUAAGGGUAGCGCCGGAUUAUUCGUCGUCGACGUCGGUGGCGACUUUGACAGCUUAUCUGUUCGAAAAGUGAGGUUAAUUCGGGAGGUGUGUCGUUGUGCGUGUGCGUUGACGUGCACGGAGGAACAGCAGGACGAUAAUAUACGAUGACGGCGAUGUUAGUAUCAGUGGCGGAGCUGUCGAACAUUUUCUUUGUGCUCGCAGUGUCGAUAUGCUUCUGCGGAGUUUUCUUGUUUAUCAUCAGGAAUAUGAUCGUGCUUCGUAUUCACGGCGACGAAUUGAUGUUUGGAGGGAGUGGAAGCGUAAUGACACAUUCGCCGCGCAUACCUCAGAUGGAGAUGAUGAAGGUCCAUAUUCCCUUCACCUUCAAGCUUCACGAAAGUUUCAAGAGCACUUAUACCGAGGUAGAAUGCGAAAUAUCAAGUCAAGUCGAGUACUCUCUGCAGGCGCUUUGGGGCGUCAGUAUAAGGGAACUUCACUUGGCGCUUUGGAAACCUUGGAGCACCCUUAGAGACGCGUCCUUGAACAGCACUCUUCUCCAAGGUCACGCGCAGUAUCUCACACCACUACAAACUAGACAACCACACGGGGAAGAAACAUUGAGAUUGUCGCUUCCGGCACCAGAAUUAGAACUUGGGACACCACCUAGACUUUGUUAUCCUUUAGUAAUCUUCUUAACUCGCAGGGAUAAUGGAGAUCCUCAUCCAGACGAGACCGUGGCUCUGGUAAACGUUGUCCACAUCAAAGACAGCGUGUGCACUUUACCAACCUCGAUCUUGGCGCAAUAUCUAAAACAGGCAAAUGGCCAGUUGUCUUGUCUUAAGCAACUAUACCUAGCUACCGGUAACUCGACGAACUAUGAUGAAGGAGACGUGUCUUCGGGUCUAGGCUCAGCUCUAGCCCUCGCAGAACCUUGUAACAACAACGGUAGCUCGACUAGAGGCGCAUUGGUUGCCUCCGGGACCGGCGAUCCCGAGGGAUCGUUAUGGAACACUGCCGGAGAACAACUCUGCGUCGUUUGCCAAUACUUUCCUCUUUCGCGUGCUCUGUUGCCUUGCAGACAUACUUGUAUCUGCGCAUCCUGCUUUGGCAAACUAGAUCGGUGUCCAAUGUGUAGAAGCCCGAUAAAGAGUUAUUUCUGCAUCAGGGGCGAAGAAUACAUGCCCUUGGAGUCAGAGAUCAAUCCCUGCAAACAGAGGCAACCGAGCCAUGGACCCACUCACUGGCUUCACGAUUGGAACGAUAGACUCACAGAUUUUCUUGGAUUCGCACGAUAGAAUACUUGGUAUUCUAAAAUGUUUAAAAUGUACAGCGUGCAGAAUACGAUAAAACGGAAUGAUUGUCAUUUGUUUAUCCAACUGCUUGAGAAAGUUGUACAUUUUGGUUGGAGAAUAGUUUAUUUGGAGUCUUUAAUUCCUGUGAAUUGAAUCGAAGUUUGAUGAGAGGGAAGUCCUUGAAUAAGAUCAUUACAAAUUUCUUUUAAGGAAGAAAUCUGAGAAAGAUAGGCAGGGCAUUAAUUCAUAUGGAAAACAGUAGGAAGAACGGAGAUAUUACAAGUACAAGAAAAUGAAAUUUCUGAACAGAAUUAUCAUCUUUGGACUCGUGAGAUAUUGAUAUCUUUUUUUCUUGAUGAAAGUUUUAUGGAGAGUUAAAUGAGCAUGAGUGAGUCAUAGUUGUGAUAAUUUAUGAUUCCCUCAGUUCGUUACUUGUAUAAUUUUCAGAAAGUUAUCGUAUCUCUUCUAUUUUUAUUAAUUGUAUGUCUCUGCCGUAUAAGUUAAAUAGAAUAUAUUACUCUGUUGGGCGUUUGAAUGAUCUUCAAUGAUUGAGGAAUUUAAAAAAAAUGGAUAAUUUGUUAACGUCCAAAUAUAUAGAAAACAAAACGGAAAAUGUUUGAUAAAAAAGAAGAAGUACAGAAAAACGUUUCAGAUUUUUAUCGCGUAACGUUGUAUAAAUAUUUAAGGUGUAAAUACAAGAUACAAAUAAGACAUGUCCAACUUUAAGAUGUAAUUAAUAAUUAAGUUAUUGAUAUUAUUUCAUACGAUACGCAGAUUUAUCCAGUAGCUAUAGAAACAUUAGUUCCGAUAUGCAUGCCUUUGAAGUAUUCUUUCCCUAUUUCUCUUUUUAUCUUAUACAAAUUGAAGAUAUUUUUUCUCUUCCGUAAUGCUCUGCCGUCCAUGCACAACGAUAGAGCUAAUUCCCCUAAGGUUCUUUUCAAAACAACAUCACACGAAAAAAGAACGCUGCUAAAUUAAUUUAAGAAGGAUAUUACGUUAACGUUUAAACUGUAAAUACACAGACUGUGAUAAUUCUAAUAAUAUCUAUUAUUAUAAACCAGAUAUAUGAAAGAGUCCUGGAUGGGGGACACAACAAAGAAGAAGGAAUUGGUACGAAAGAGGAACAUGAAAUCAUUUUCAGAUUUCGCAUUUGAUACAUACGUUAGCCUUUUUUAUAUCUUUUUGGCACUUGCAUAAAGAAUGAUGAUACUCUCUUACUCGGGCUUUGCAAUGAAAUCAAAAUUUCAUAAAAUUUCUUUAAACAAAAUUUUUUUUAUGACAACAGAAUCAGCAAGAUUAUAUUUAAAAAAAUUAUUUACUUAUGAUAAUAAGAUAUAAUUGCAAGCCUCAAUAUGUGAAAGAACGAGAGUAUUUGGGAUUAGACAUGUUGAUUCAGCAGUAAAGGCCUCUAAAGUCAAUGUUAUUGUAGUCGAAGAUCUUUUCGUAUUAUAAUUUAUAUUUUAUUUAGUAAGUAUGUAGCAUUUUGAUAAUGCGACAAUGUCUGUAUGUGAGAGAACCUGUAUAUAAUUUAUUUAAUAAAGCGUAUUCAUGCUGUCA